UACCGUUCUGAACGCCAUUAUCGUCUCCGAGAAAGUUGACGGGAUUUUACGGAUUUUCAGGUCAUCAGAUGAAAGUAAGAAACAUAUCCGAUGUCUGGACUAUCUUUAGCCCACCGUGAAGCAUUCUGCUCAUGUGCACGUGUAUUUUACGUACUAAACAUGGAUGUCUGGGCAAGACAGCGAAGCAGUAGACUUUGGUGGGACCACUGUGUCGAUAGAUGCAUCCAUGGUUACUGGUCUUGCAAAUGUGACAGAUGUUCAUGUGGAUGGGACUUCUGCCAUGAUUCAAGAAAACUGUGGGGAGCCUGAGAGAAAAAGGAUGAGGCUAGACAGUGAUGGUGACAUUGAUUUCAAUCUUGACCAUUCCUGCAAGCAAAUUCUUUUCAAUAUCAACAAAGCUAUUUGUUUACGAUUGGACAACAUGGAUGCUAAGAUAGAUCAUCUUUCAAACAGGACAAGAUCACUGGAGGACAAAAUGGACCAAAUUAUCAGCUGGUCAAGGUCUGUCAAUGCCAGCAGUGGACUAGCAACCUCUGCCUCACGGAAAGGAGCUGUGAUUGUUGGACUGCCACAAACAAAAACAGAACCAGGAGAAAUCAAUUCCAUGGAUAAUUCUAUAUCUAAUCUUGGUCCAAAUGUAACUUUAAUUACAUUAAAUACAGAAGAGGAUUUUCCAAAUGGCACAUGGUUGGGUGAUGAGCACAACCCUGAAAUGAGAGUUAGAGUGCCCAUAACCCCAAGUGAUCUUUUACAUGUACACUCUAACUGUCGGACAGCAGAAAAAAUGGCUUUAACUCUUCUAGACUACUUAUUUGAUAGAGAUACACAGGCAGCAUCAAAUCUGUCUGGUCAAGGGAAACAUGGCAAAAAACAAUUAGAUCCUCUAAUGAUUUAUGGCAUUAGAUGUCAUCUUAUACAUAAAUUUGGUAUAGCAGAAAAUGAUUGGCACAGAAUUAAACAAAAUAUAGAUUCAAAAUGCAGAACAGCCUGGCGACGAAGACAGAGGGGUAUGCCACUAACUGUAAAAGCUUUUAGAGGAAAAGCCCCACCUUCGUAUGUUAAUAUAGGCAAUCAUAUAGGUGACUUAAGUGGUGGCAGUGAUGAUGAUUCCCUUAGUCAAGAAGAUGGAGAGUUACAUAUUCAUCAGCAGGCAACAGAAGCUGAUAUUCAAGCUGCUUUAGCUAUGCAAGGAGAAGGUCUUCCAACUGGUGAAAUUCAAAUACUGCAUGCUACUCCAGAACAAAUAUCACAGCUCCAGCAUGCUCAACACAUUCAGAUAUUGUCUGGAGAUCAAGUUAUAGGGCAAAUUCAGCAUGCAGACAUAUUAGGCGAUGGUAUUCAAGUAGCAACAAUGACAACAGAUGCAGGCGAAGUCUUACACAUACAACAAAAUGUCUCUGGAGCUGGUGGGGAAACGGAUGUGUCCCAAUGACAAUUAGCCCUGCCUUGAGAGGCAGCUGUUGAAAUAUUCAUGAUGUAAAUAUGGUAUUGUUGUAUGCUGUUGAGUUGGAAAAUGGCUGUUUAAAUUACAAGUUAAAAGUUGAUGGAUGAAUGUUGAAGUAUUGAAGUUCCUGUAAAUGUUAAAAAUUCCAUUCAAAUCCUGCCAUUUAUCUCAUAUUGAUCAAAUCUGAAAAUUGUUCAAUUCAUUUUAACAAUUUAAAAUGUUAAUUUUACCAAAUGCAGUGUGCCAAUGCUUGGGUGUUUUUUAAACUAGUAACACAUACCUAAUGUAUGUCCAUUUCAGAUUAUUGUUUUUAAAUUGUUGAUAUAUAUAAAUAUUAUUUAUGCUGUGUUAAAUACAUUUUUGGUAUUCACAGUA